AUGAAAUUGGAACAACUGAGACGAGACGAGAUUGGAAAUGCGCUGCUCCAUCAACGGUUCCGCUUCUCAGCAAUCACUUUCGAGAUAUUCGAGAUCAUCACCACCGACACCCUUCGAUCCAUCGCGCACCUCGGCUACACGCGAACGAGACACAUCGAACAUCGAAUAUCGAAUCACACCUUCGCCAUGGCAUCAAAAACCAACGAACAGGUCGUCACCGAGACCUUCUCGGAACGAUCUGCCUUUGCUGACGCUGCGAUGGGAGGAAUCUUCUCGUACACCGACUCCACGGUCGCAAACUUCCGACAGAAGGACGAUGCUGUCAACGGAGCAAUUGGUGGUUGUGCUGCCGGCUUUGUGCUCGGUGCCGCCGCUCGUUCGGUGCCCAUGAUGUUUGGUGGCUGCGCUUCUCUGGCUGCAUUGAUCGGUACUUUUGACGCAGCAGGCAAGUCGCUCCAGGGCACCUACGCGCGCGCAUCGGCAACAGACUUUUCACAUGGACACGAUGCAUCUCCGGGCACACCGGGCUGGAGGGAAGCACGAGAGGCUCGUCGUCAGAGCUUCUUCAAGCAAAAGAAGGAGGACGUCGAGUCCGACGCAUAG